AUGACGAAUGAAGAAGCAACCAAGCUCCCUCCACUGCAGCAUGUGGAAGAGACUAUCAAGGCGGAUCUUGAACUCAAGGACACCUUGACCACGCAGGCGAUAGAAAUCGAUCCGAAGGCGGAGAAGAAACUACGGUUUGGACGCCGCCGUUGUUGUUGUGAGAUACUAAUUGCUCUUGAGGACCGAUCCAACCUUGGAAACGCGAGGGUCGCGGGCAUGUACGACGAUCUGAAACUCGAUGACCAGGAUUAUUAUCACGCAGUGGUGACAUUCCAGGUGGGAUAUCUGAUCGCUGGCACGCCCUCCAACAUGAUCUUGGUUCGAGUACGACCCUCUCUAUACAUACCGAUGCUCAUGAUUCUGUGGGGCACCUGCGCGACAUGCUUGGGUGCCAUCCAGACCAAGGGCCAAUUGUGGGCGGUUCGCUUCCUGCUGGGAAUUACGGAGGCCGGCUUCGCGCCAGGAGUGUUCUUCCUCAUAAGUGCAUGGUACAGGAAAGAAGAACAGUCCAAGCGAUUCAUCAUCUUUCUGAGCGCAUCGAUCCUGUCAGGUGCAUUUGGUGGUAUUAUCGCAGGUAUCAUCGCCAAAAAUCUGGACGGAGCCCAAGGCAUCGCCGGUUGGCGUUGGCUAUUCAUCAUUGAGGGGGUCCUUACCGUAGCGAUCGCCUUCAUAGCACCCUUCUUCCUCCUCAAUUUCCCGGCCACCUCCAACAGACUCACUCUCGAGGAGAAAGACACGCGCGCUGCGUCCAAGCUCUCUCAUUGGCGAGCAUUUCUUUCUGCCGUCUUGAACUGGAGACUCUAUUUUCUUGCCGUGCCGUACAUGCAGUUGGUAGGGUCGAGUGCACUGGCCUAUUUUUAUCCCUACCUCAUCCAGGGUUUGGGAUACACUGCAAUUGAUGCUCAAUUCAUGACGGCUCCAUUGUACGUGGUCGCUUUGGCGAUCAGUAUCCCGCUGUCUAUUCUAGCCGACAAAUACUCGACAGCGCGGAGUCUCUUUGUUUCGGCGAUCAUGCUUACCGGCGGUAUCUUCUGUGGUCUCGCCAUGGGUAUUCAGACGUACGUUCCUUGCUAUGUUUUCUUGUGUUUCAUCAACUCGGCGAUCUGGGCGGGCAGCCCAAUUGCUCUUUCAUAUGCGAGCAGCAGCCUGGGUCCGGUAGAUACAGAGACGAGGGCAAUCAGCUUAGGUAUCAUUAAUGGCCUGUCUCAGCUGGCACAGGUUUACGGCUCCGCACUCUUCCCCAGUGCCGAUGCUCCAGCAUAUUACAAAGGCUUUGGGACGUACACCGGCCUUUGUGUUCUGGGAGCCACGGUGUCGGGUAUUGGCCACUUUCUCCUCCAAAAAUAUCCAUAUCGGGCGGACUUUGAGUAA